UGGGGCGCGUGGAGCGGAGGGGGGCGCGUCCACGCACGCCCGAAACAAACGGGAGCACCAGGGACCCUCGAGAACACUCCGGCGGGGCCGGGCCGGGCCGGGCCACUCCAGCGCAGUCCGGCGAUGCGCCCGGGCCCGAGGGGGCUCGACUGUGCGCUCAGGAGGACACGGCGUGUUGCUGAGGACGGACGCGCACCUCGUCCGAGCCGCCCAUUUAUAAAGCCAGUCUAGCAAGGAGAGCUGGUCACUGCCUCUGUCUGACAAGUGUGCGGGUGCAGAGCUUGGAGUGCAAGAUGGCGGUGGGCUGCGGUACCAAGUGCGCCAAAAGCAUCCUCAUCUCCUUCAACAUGCUCUUCUGGCUGUCGGGCGGGACCCUGAUUGUGCUCGGAGCAUGGGUAUUCCUGGACCCGGCCAAGGCGCACCUGUUCCACCUGGUGUCGGCGACGCAGGCCAAACGAGACGUCAUCUACUACCUGGCCUACGUCCUGCUGGGCAUCGGUGGCUCCAUCCUCCUCAUCGGCUUCCUGGGCUGCUGCGGCGCGCUGCACGAGCGGAGGUGCAUGAUCGGCACGUAUGUCAUGUUCCUCAUCGUGCUGAUCGUGGGUGAGAUGGGGGUGGCCGUGCUCACUUUCGUGUUUCGCGAGGAGUUCCUGGAGGGGCUGGAUACCCGACUGAGCUCUGAACUCAUCGAGAAGUACGGCAUGGACAUCGAGAACCACUACCUGAGCAACAACGUGGCCAACAAGGACUUUACCACCUCGGUUGACUUUGCUCAGUACAGGUUUAACUGCUGCGGCAUGAGGAACGACUCGGACUACCUGGAAACGCAGUGGUGGAAGCAGAGUCGCUCUAAGGACAGCCGGCCCCGCAACGUGCCGCUCACCUGCUGCGUGCUGGCCAACACGGAUGUAUCACAGACUGGAAGUCCCAUUAGCGUAGUUUCGAGGUCUUUCCACGGCACCACGGAAGAGGCAUGGCAGAGUCCUCUGCCCAAGCAGGAGCAGUCGUGCCAGGACGACAACCCCCGGGUGCACGAGCGGCUGCGGUACAAGCAGGGCUGCCUCCUCGAGCUGGUGCUGUGGUUCCGCCGCGAGAGCGCCGUGCUCGUGGCCACCUGCUCGUCCAUCGCGGGGCUGCAGCUGCUUGGCAUCGUCCUGUCCAUCUGCCUGUGCCGCAACAUCGCCGAGGAUGCCGCGUAGCGACUGGCGGCGGACGUGGACCAAUCCCGGACGCAGUUCCCGAUGCGUCACUUCGGGCCUGACUAGGGCCCUCUUGAGAGGCGCCACCUGUCGCUCGUCCCGUCCGCCGAGUCUAGCCACCUUCCCUGCUGAAGAGUCCAGGCACUUGAGUCUCGGGCAAAAGGGGCUCACCAGUCUGACGGUGUCAUCACCGUUGUCGAACUGAAAAGCAUCUGAAAGUGCCUAUUGUAUCGCGAGUUUCUGACCAUUCUUAGACUCGUUUCUCCCUUUUGAGGAGAAAUGGAAAAUCGUCCACUUCCCGUGAUAAGUGAUCCAACGUCCCUCCUCCACCCGUCCGAUGCUUCACGCCUGGCUUGGUCAUUCGCCCGCGGGUAAAUGAGCGUCAACGGGAGGCAGACGUGGAAGAAACCAAAACGACUCAAUUUCCAUCUACGUUUUACCUACGCCGUCUUCUCCCAUUUGCAAUCAUUUCCCCACGGUAUGUACUAGCGCUACAAUCGUACUUUGAUCAAACACAGAUUCUCAAACCUUCUGUCAAGGAUGCAUACCAGUAUUUUUACGAUAUGAUAAGGCUCCGCCUGCCCUCUCAUUCCAAAAAAAAGUACAAUAUUGUCUAAAUCUUAUAGAAAGUAAUGUUUGAAUAGAGAUCAUUUACUUGUAAGACAGCGACUAAAAACUCGUAUUGUCGUUCUCCUUUCUAAAAGGAAAAACACAUUUUGCUGUGAUUUGCAUUUUAAGUAUAGGAUUUUAAUUGAACUACUGUUUUUCUGUGUAUGUGUAUAUAUGUAUUUAUGUAUGUGUAAUUGAGCAUACACUGGGAAAACAUAAGCAAAUCAACAAUGAUUUCCCAGUGUGUGCGUUCUUUAAAACUUGUAAACAACCGUGAUAAUUAUUCACAUCAUGUUUAUAGAACAAUCAGCAGAAUCCCAUUACUUGGAAAAAAAAAAAAGAAAACAACACAAAAA